GAGUAGGGUUGGAUAAGAACUGAAUUGCUAAUAGGUUUGGGCCGUUUGGCAUGGGCUUUGGGUUCACAUUAAUAGUUAAUGUAGACCAGUCCACAUAAGAAUUUUCAGAAAAUAAAAAUCCAAUAAAAUGGGCUGAGCAUAUAAAAUCCUAAUCCUGUAACUCUGUAAGUGUUGGAAUUAAGAAAUCCACUAUCUUUAUCUGUCCUCCCUAAAUAAAUUAUAUUCAGCAAAACUUUCAGAAGCAGUGAACAAAUAAUACCAGAACAAACUUUCAGAGUGUUCGAGUGUAGUCGACAAUUUCAGCCGGUUGAGCAAUGAUAUUAUUGUGUCAUAUAUUGUCUCGAUUGUCUUUGAGAGAAGCCGUCUCAACAAGUGCCCUUUCCCGUAGAUGGCGCAACUUGUGGACUGAAAGCAUUGGCUCCAAAUUGAUCUUUUCAUAUCCUGCUACUCAUGAUUAUGAUUCUAGACUAAGUUUAAGACAACCCAUCCUAGCAAAGGGAAUAAGUCGUUUUUUGGAAGUCGUUAAGCCAACAUUCGAUGAACUAACUAUUCGUUUCAGUUUCAAUUCCGAUACUGGUAGUAGUUAUCAAGCCAUCAAUAGGUGGGUUCAAAUUGCGCUUACAAACAAGGUUACUCGCCUUCAUCUGGACUUUUCAUCACGGACUAGUUGCAAAAAUUACACUUUUCCAGCUAUACACAAGUAUUCUGGAAUACAUAACCUUAGAGAUGUUUGCUUUAAGUGUAUAAAUGUUUCGAGGGAGGUUAUUCACUGUAUGAUGUCAAAUAGUCCAUCUCUUGAGCGAUUAGCUGUGUGGGGAUCACGUUUUAUGCAUAAGAUUAGAGUCAACACACAAACACAAUCCUCUAAGUUGAAGAGCCUGGAGUUAGUGAAUUGUUACUAUCAAAGGAUUCAGAUCUCAUCACCAAAUCUGAUACAUUUGCGAUACAGUAGUGGUUUUGAGGGAUGCCUUGAACUAGAUUAUGUUCCCCUUUUAUCUCAACUUUCUAUAGGCUCUUCAUACUCCCGAAGCUUCAUAAGAAACGGUGGGGGGCUUUUUAUCAAUUACAUCUCUCAACUCAAGAGGCUUAAGCUGGAUAUCAAUUCUUGCACAGCAAAAAACUCUGUAGAUUACCUGCUGGAAUUUCCUAAACUCGCAAUGCUUGAGCAGUUAAUAGUUGAAGUGGUACCAGAUCGGUGGAGUUCUCACCCUUACGUUUGGCUAAUCAUGCUGAUAAAUGCUGCUCCAUCCCUGCAGAAAUUUUCAAUUAAGCUGAACAGGGUGGAGGUGUAUCUUGAUAAGGAUGAUAGUCACAAAAACUUACUUAACAUUAUUGGGAAAGAACGUCAUCGAAGCCUCAAGUUGAUUGAGAUGCUGAAAUUUAGUGGAGGUUACUUGGAAAUGGAACUUGGUCAGCAUUUGCUCAGUAUUUCUCCAUUGCUUGAGCAGCUUGUUGUUGUUAAGAAACCUUGUGCUCUUUAUGACAGUGUUGAAGAAUAUAGAAUGAAAGCUCAAAAGUUUAAUAAGUGGCUACCUCCCACUGCUAAAUUAGUUAUACUCUAACUAUGUAAUUCUUUAUCAAAGAGUUGACGCUUGAUUUUUAGUUGAGUCUGGAUCUUUCACGAUAGCUACUUGUAUUUAUGUAGUCACCUCCGUAAGGGGGGUGAAGUGCUAAACGUCGCUCCCAUUUAACAUACUAAUGCUCCCUUUUUGACAUGGAAGGACGAUAUUGCCCUUUGUUUAAGUUGUAGUGUAUAAUGAUAUAAUAUCAUUCCCGACCCCUCUACUUACUACCACGUGCUAAAAGAAAUCCCGAGUUCCCGACAC